GCCAUUAUCGUAGAAACAACAAGGACAAAAUGUCAACCACUCAACAGCAAUUGGACUACAUUGAGCGGUUCUUAGUUUACGACAUCUACAAGUACUUCGGAUCGGGUGCGUCCUUGGUGUCGCACAGCGUGGAAUCCUCCAAUGGACUGGACGGAUUCAUGUCCGCCCUAUACACCGUACAGUUGGACCUAGAGAUAGCUGAUAGAAAGCAAAAGGAGCUGGUUCUAGUCAAGUUCAUGAAGGGAACGGAACACUUCCGGGCAUCCAGCAAUUCGUACAUUCAGUUCGCCAACGAGGUAUACGCGUACGCCGAAAUCCUGCCCGCCUACGAGCACCUGCUGCGCAGCAGCCGCCUCAGCAGCGAUGUGGUCACCGGUUGGGUGCCGCGUUCCUAUGCCGCCCGAUACGGACAGAUCGAUGGGCUGAGUGACAGUUGCGAGUCAGUGCUGGCUCUAAGGCACCUCAAGGAAGACGGCUACGAGCUCGGCCCUCGCCUCGUCCUUCGUCGUGAUCAACUGGAGGCCAUGGUUGGCCUGGUGGGCCCCUUCCAUGCCCUCGGCUAUGCCACGCGCAUCCUUCAGCCACAAGUUUAUGAGCGCCUGCGCUCUGGUGUAGUGCCAAUGCCAUUUGUUAGCAGCACAGGAAAGGGCGUCUUUGAGGUGCUCUAUCGCGUAGCCUUUGACCGCUUCUAUGGGUUCUACGAUCGCCAGAAGGAGCAGCUGUUGCAGCAGGAGCAAGACGAGGGCUUUGCAGCAGCCCUGGAACGACUGCGUAAUAAAUACUUUGCCCAGCCGGAGCAGCUGAUGGAGCGUAUACGCACCUCCUCCUUCGAUGAGUCGCAGCCAGACAGCUACUUCUGCACGUUCCUGCACGGCGACUUCAACCGGAACAAUGUGCUCUUCCACUAUGACGCCGCUGGCACGGUAGACAACAUCAAGACCAUCGAUUUUCAGGAGCUGCGAUUCAGCACCACGGCCAUCGAUCUCAGCUUCUUCAUGUACAUGAACACGCCCCCCGACGAUCGAGAGGAAAUUUUUGCCGAUCUUCUGAAGAAGUACCACAAGAAAAUGAUCGAAAUGCUGGAGCUGGUGCUGCAGCGAAACCAGGAUGAGCUCUCCGAGGAGCGGGUGCAGCAGCUGCUUGCCGACUACAGCUUUGAGCGCUUCGAGGCUCACUUCAAGAGGUACGCUUUCUAUGGAGCAAUGGUCGUCAUGCAUUUCCUGCCCUGGCUGCUAAGCAAUGAAACGGACUGUGCGGAGCUCUCCAGGCUCUUUGAGACGGACAUGCAUAGUCCGGCCUUCCAUCAGCUGUCGCUCGCUAUUGGCGGAGACGUGGCCAACCUUGAGAUCUUCAAGGUGGUGCGUCACGCUUACGAACAUGGCUACAUGGAUGAGAUAUAGAUACGCACACACGCACACGCACACGCUCACGCACAUACUGCAUAUUUUAAUUAUUAUCUGUUAGUAUUCUUUAAUUUUUAACGAGCUCUGAGCUCUCAGUCUGCAAAUACAUUCCACGAGUUCUGUGGAACCAAACCGUU